AUGUCGAAGACCAAGCCCUACUUUCACGCGACCUUCCUCACGACGGUGGAGAGCAGCGGCCAUCUGCUGUACGACGUGCGGCGUCUGAUUGAGCAGCAAGGCUUUUUCGUCGCAUUCGUAGACUUUCCUGCCGUUUCCCCUGGCUGGCAGGACGGACACGAUUUCACGUUUAGCGUUACCUACACGCGGGUCGAUCUGCCGCCCGAACGCAUCGAAGAGGCGUUCAACCUCUUUGGAGGCCAGCCGAAGAUGUCGGACUACAAGCCCGACUUUGUCGCCGAGUUCGAGACGACGGUGGAGUCGUGCGAGCUGUUGCACUCAAAAGUCGUCGAGCUGAUCGAGAAGGCUGGCUUCCGCAUCGUUUCCGCCGAAAUGCCCGAGAUUGAUUCGGACGACGACGACGACGACGAGGUGGACUUCGAAGUGACCUUCACGCACGCCCACGAUCCACUCGGGAACCUCCGCAAGGAAUUGGACCUCUUCAAGGCGUUCGACAACCUCAGGGUCAUCACGCACGAGGAGCACAAGGCUACAUUAGUCAAACCUCGAAAGACCUCCACCAAUCCGACGCCGAGCAAGACGGUGUUCACGCCGAUCCAAACGGACAAGACCCCAAACAAAGCGACCGAGAAGAAAAAGUGA